AGUGAUCUGGGGAACUUAGUGGGGGCCACGGUCAUCCCCAAGCCUUUCUUUUCUCGCUGCCAACACUCUGGCGAGAGAUGGCAUGAAAGGCUGCUGCUGGAUCGUGGCUGUACUGUGAAACGGAGCUCCACGCAACCUGCCCCGCGAGAAAGGGAGAUGCGCAAAAGGUUCCAGUUUCUUCUUCUGCUUGGUGGUUGUAUUGGUGUCCUGGUCUUCUACGCAAAGAUAUGGCCAGCAUAUUUUGGAACAUUAAAAACGACGAGACGGACGCACUGGAGUCACUUCUACUACACUGACGGCUGGAGACGAGGCGGACGCCCUGAAGUCACUUCUACUACACUGACGGCUGUAGACGAGACGGACGCCCUGAAGUCACUUCUACUACACUGACGGCUGUAGACGAGACGGACGCCCCGAAGUCACUUCUACUGCACUGACGGCUGUAGACGAGACGGACGCCCUGAAGUCACUUCUACUACACUGACGGCUGUAGACGAGACGGACGCACUGAAGUGUGCUGAGUCAGCAACAUUGUCGGGGGUACCACCGAGAGCACCAACGAUAUCCGCAAAUGUCGAAACCACAGAACCGCUCAUUCCAGUUAAGAAGACAUUUGACAAUUCAGAUUACCAGCAGCAAGUUAUCAUUGGUCAAAGAGACAUGAUAGCCCAAGAGCUAGCAAAUUACCCAUUCCAGAACAGCAGUUUCAGGCUCGACCGUCUGCGUGUCAUGCAAGAGACUGGUGACGCAUAUGGCAGUUUCAGGCUCGGCCGUCUGCGUGACAUUUUCAGGCUCGACCGUCUGCUGACCAACGCCGGAGGAGCGCCGAUUCGCUAUAUGAUAGUCACUACGUGGCGAUCAGGAUCAACGUUCCUAGCUGAUGUGCUGAACAGUCACCCGGCAAUGUUUUAUCACUACGAACCGCUGAUGGAUUUCGGAAUUCGGCGAGUCCGACAUGGCGCAUUGGCGGACAAGGCAGUCACCAACAUCCAGAGAUUGAUGUCGUGCGACUACAGCGAGAUGGGCGACUACAUCGCCUACAGUCGCACACACCACUACGUGCAGGAGCACAACUGGCGCCUGUGGCGGUACUGUGGCGCCGGCAAGCGCGAGUUCUGCUGGCGGUCCGACUUCCUCUCCGCUUUCUGCCGGCUCUUCCCCUUCCAGACGAUGAAGACAGUGCGGCUGGCGUUGAACGCCACUGAGCGGCUACUGAAGGCGCAGCCGGAGCUGCGCGUGCUGCUGCUGGUGCGCGAUCCGCGGGGCACGCUGCAGUCGCGCGGACACCGAACUUGGUGCCCGCACCAGCCCGACUGCGACGACCCGGCACGACUAUGCGACGACCUGGUGGCUGACUACUGGGCGGCGCAGAGGCUGGCAAAGCUGUAUCCACCGCACCGCCUCAGGGUGGUGCGGUAUGAGGAUUUUUCGCUCCACUUGAACUCGUCUGUUCCUGCACUGCUCCAUCACGCGCGCCUGCAUUAUCACUCCACCAUCCAACAGUUCGUCAAAGGACACACUUCCUUCUCUAAAGGAGAUGUUUCCAGCACUUUCCGAAAAUCCAACGUUGCCCCAUUCAUGUGGCCCAAGUCACUGACAUGGCCAAAGGUCAGAGCCAUUCAAUCAACAUGUUCCAAGGCUAUGAAGCUCUGGGGAUACAAGACCAUGCCAAAAGAAGUCUGGGAAUUGGAGAACCGCAAAUCAGCUGUUCCCAAUCCAUCCAAUUUCAUCGAUGUGCUUGAGUUAGGAAAUCUGUUGUAGGGGUGCAUUGACCAAGAUGCAUGUCAGUCUUUGGUACAAUUCUAAGAAGACCCGAUCACACUUUUAGCCUGAUGUGCAAGUUUUUCACAUUUGCCAUCGGCUGAGGUAAAUAAGUUCCGUGUAUUGCUGAGAAGGCUAUGAUUCUGGCGUCCAAAAUGUGCUAUUUGCUGGAGCUGCAACCUUAUAAGGCUCGUGCUGAUUUGUGAAGAUGAGCGGGACCAGUGCGAGUCAACAGCGAUGUGAUCACUCUGUGGCGGUGAUGCGCUCGAUCCUGUGUUUUCGCGGCGCGCGCUGACCAGGCAUUUACAAGAUCACCGCCGAAUGAUGGCUGUAUUUGUCUGUGAGAUGCACAGCAACGCAGACGGUGCUUUCUGAAAUGUGAGGCCUGCUGCGUCAUGAACAUAGUUCAUAGCUGGCCGAAAUUAUCUGGAUGACGACAAGUGGGGAGUGUGCGUAAGCGGCGCGGGUUCCCGUCCCCUCCCUGUGGUGGUGAUGCACCUCAUGGCUGUGUUGUCGCGCCACGCGCUGACGUAGCGAAGCGGGAGCACAUCGCAGUGGUCAUGAUCUCCAGGUUGUGGUGGGAAGUGGGGAGUACGGGGCCAUUGAGAUGCAACGCGCUGAACAUGAUGAUUUUUGUGUUUGCUUUGGUGAUUUUGUUUUUGCUUUGGAGUGAUUUGGAAUGAUUUGGAAUGAUUUUGCUUUGGAGUGGUGCAGAAUCUGCAUCUGUGCGAUGUACUCCCAGGACGUUAAUGCCUUUAGACUCCAUCGGUUCCUUGCAAUAAAUAUUUUACGCA